UCACAGCAAUUCCCUUCGCAGUAACGUAUUCCCAGGAUCAUUCCAGCCGACCCGUCACUGCCCCGCGUGCUCUGUGCAGGCGGCAUCUCUCCCCCAGGCACUGGGACGCAGCCCAAGGCAGCGCCGCUUCCAAGGAAGGAGCGCUGGGGGAGCCGCUUCGCGUCCCCGGGCGCAGGGCAGGGAGGCAGGGAGGAGAGCCAGGGGCACGGAUGCGGCUUUCCAAGCUCUCCGUGAGACCCACAGGGAAGCUUCCAAAGGGGAUCCUGGCCAGACGAGCUGCAGCAGACAACCUGGCUGUAAAUCCCUGUGGAAGCAGCAGGAUCGGAGGGAAGCCAGGAUUGCUGCACGGGACUGUGGGGAGCUGUUGCUUCAGCAGGUUGGGGAAAGAGGAGAAUCCCUGGAGAAGGAUGCAGAUGGGAGGCAAGUCCUGGCUGUGAAGUGCCAUGGACCAAUAAAUUAGCGGCUGGGGGGUGCUUUUCCAGUUAUCCAGGUAGGAUAUAUGUGGAGAGGGACCAAUGUAGAAUCAACUGUGCUGGGCGCUGUCGCGCUCUGUUGUGCCAACGGGAUGUUCCUCUCCUGGCCAUGAGGCCAAGGAACGCCGGUUCACAUGACCCAGGCUCCGAUGCUUCCAACUGCCCCCGUCUCUCUCCCUUAGCGGAGCAAGAAGGCGGUGCUGACAGCCUGCCCAGACCCAAGGUGGGGAGAAAUCUUGGCUGGCCACUCUCAAAGCAUUUGGAACCAGGAAUUACAGUGACGGAGCUGCCGGCCAUGGAAGCCUCCACCUGGCAGUACUGUGGAUAUUUACGGGAUGACACAAGUAAGAAGAGGGGGAGAGACUGCGCUGCUUCCCAGGGAGACUCCGCGGGAACACGUGAGGACUGUACACGGCGGCAGCUCGGCCAGGAGGGCCUGGGGAACAGGCUGGAGAGGGGGGACCUCCCCCACCAAGGGAGUGACACCAGGGCCCCUGCCAGGAGGUCGGAGAUGAGCAGCAACAGGCAGAGAGGGCAGCGGGGGUUGGCAGGGGACCUGUGCCUGGAAGAGCAUCCCAUGCCCAAAGGGUGCAGGAGAGGGGAGGACGGAGAAGCCCCUCCGAAGGUGUACGAGAUGGAGGUGGGGCCCAGGCGCUCGGGCAGGACGGUGAGGCCGGUGGUUUACAGGCUGGAGGAGAGCGAGUACCGGCGCCUCAUCCAGGAGGCAGAAGAAGAACCUGAGGAGGAAUGGGAAGAGACAGAGGACACGGUGCUCGAGAUUCAGGAGGACUAUGCAGGGGAUGGGAAGGUGGCAAGUCCAAGCCUGAACAGGCUCAACUCUUUCCAAGGGGUCCUGAGGAGGCAGAUGAGCUGUUCGGACUCGGAGAGCAGCGUGGAGAGCAGGCAAGUGAACAAACUGAGCCUGAACUGCCCCUCGGAGAGGAACAAGCCCACGGUCCCUGUCAGGUCCGACAGCAUUGAGCUCAUGGAUUACAUCCUGCAAAGCAAACAUGAGGCAGCAACAUCUCUCCCCUACAUCCCCAGGGACAGCAAGGCAGCCGAGAGCUUCAGGCCAGCACGGAGCUUCUCCCCCCAGCCUGAGGGAACACCAGACCUGUGCCAGAAUGGCCAGGCCGGUGAGGAGGAUCCAGCCAGGAAGCAUGAGCCAGACAAGCAGGUAGCAAAGAGCCCGGAGAGAAUGGUCCCUGCAGUCACAAAUUAUCCCUCAGUGGCCAGGGACACUGGGAGGCUUUCGAGACAGAGCAGCAGCCAGCUCCUGGAGAGCUGGGAGCAGCUUGGAGGGGAAGCUGACACAGGGAUGCUCGAUUCCUACAUCCAGAAAAGAACCCCCCCGGCCCCUCCGGUCAGGACCCACAGCAAGGAGAGCCUGGCUCUGAGUAUGAGCAAGGCUGUGGCGCUGACAGAGGCGCUGCUGGAGCCCUGCGGAGAUGAGGCCAAGCCUGGCAAGGAGCAGCGGGCAGCAGGCACAGAGCAGCUCCCUGGGGGCAGGACUGCGGGAGGAGGGGGCUUGGAGGAGCCGGAGCGGAAGGGGAGGAAGAGUCAGGAGGAUGAGAACGUGCUGACAGUCGCCGACGCCAAGAAAACCUUCGAAAAGCCCAAGGCGUCAGAGGGGGCAGCGGCACCACCAGCACCCAAGAAAGCACCUUUGGUCCAACUUGAUCCUAGACAGCAGGGAGAGAAACAGAAGGAGAUGGCAAAAGGAUUCCAAAGUGGUUAAAUAAUGAGGUCUGUGCUCAGUGCCCAGGAAAACCAGCACCCAGCCCCGGCUCCUUCCCUGCCUGCCUGAUUUUUUGCUGCUAUUCAGGAUUUCAGGAUGCUAGGAAGUGUCAAUCCCAGGAUUUUCAUGUUGUAAAUAAAAUACAGUUUGCUUUUUUUUUUCCUUUCUC